AUGAAAAGUAAUCCCAUUGCGCUGCACUAUGUGCUCCGAGGGAUGCUGUAUAAAGGAGAAAAGCAAGGGGCCUUAGACGGACCCCUGUGCAUCAGAGCUCAGAAAGUGCGAGUGGAAGAGGAGCUGGAGGCGUUUCCGACCGAGUCUGUUGAUCUGCGUUGUGAGUUCAUCGAUGGAGGAGGACGAACCAAACUCACGCAGGUGUCUUGGAUAUGGGAAGGUGCUGAUGGCAAAAGGGACAACAUUGCUGUUUUCCAUCCUAUGUAUGGAAAAAGUUUCCCCAACCCUGCCUUCCAAGACCGGGUUUCCUUCCUGCACAACACACUGGAGUACCCGUCCAUUAGGAUUUCUAACCUAAGAAUGUCCGACGCCGGCCGCUAUACCUGCGAGUACGCCACCUACCCCUCUGGAAAUGAACAAGGGACCACCACCCUCAUCAUGCUUGCCAAGCCUAAGAACUCAGCCAAAGCAGUGACUGUCCAGGUCGGGUCCAAAUCGGUGGUGGUCGCCCAGUGCGAAGCGGCUGAUGGCAAACCAGCAGCCAAGAUCAUCUGGCUGGCAUCAGUGGGAGGAACCUCAUCCACCACCACCACAAAUGAGGCGGAUGGUACAGUGACGGUCCGCAGCGAGUAUCGGCUGGUUCCCACGCCAGCGGAUAACGGCCAGGAGGUGACGUGCACCGUUGACCAGAAGACCCAGGACCGGCAGUGGGGAUUUCCUGUCAAGUUGUCAGUGGAGUACCCCCCCUCCGUGUCCAUAGAGGGCUACGACAGAAACUGGUACGUCGGCCGUUUGGACGCCUCCCUCACCUGCGAGGCCAGCGCCAAUCCGGCCCCCACCUCAGUCACCUGGACCACGUCGUCUGGCUCCUUACCCGACACCGUGGUGGUGGAGGGCAACAAACUGCUGGUGAGGAAGGUGGACGAUGCCGUCAACACCACCUUCGUCUGUGAGGCCAAGAACAAGAUUGGCACCAGCAAGCACCAGAUUACCACCGUCGUCAUCGAUAACAGUAAAAAAGAAAGGGAAGUCUGGGGUUCCCCCGUAGAGCUGUUGCCCUUGCGGCCCAAUCCUGGAUAAGCGGUUGAAGAUGAAUGGGUUGAACAGCAGGAAACCAGCACGGAGAAAAUA